GAGAAAGCAUGUGCACUAGUGGCCUUGGGAAUCUGCUUGCUUAAUAGUUAAUACUCCAUGCGAAGAUGUUUUUUAGAGUUCAGGAUGUGACAAGCCAUGUGAAACAGACCCCGUAUACCGCAUGCAGAGUCAACCUCGCCUCCCUUGAUGUCUGUAAAAAAAUAUUAAUAUAACAUCUUUGGAUCUAUCAUCUAUCUAAAAUUCUAAAUUCACUCUAGUUCUCGUUGAUCUAUCUAAUUUAAACCUCCUCUGCUUCGUCUUCAGAUUCCAUGGCGAAGGAUCCAACCUCAACUUGUUCAAUCACUUUCCACCAACUCUGCUAUCUUCUCUUCGCCAUCUCUGCUUUCUCUUCCAUCUCAUUCAUCUACUGGUCUCACUGUUCCUGCCCCACUGACUCUUCUACUACCACCUCCCUGUUUCAUCGCAACCAAUCACUCAACCUCCUUACCUUUCCUUCUGCUUGGAAUCACAUCUCCUUCUCUUCAAACCCACCUCCAAAGUUCCUCAAGAUUGCCCUCUUCGUCAAGAGAUGGCCACAACGGAAUCUCGCCGGAGGGCUUGAGCGCCAUGCCCUCACCCUCCAUCUCGCCCUUGCACGUAGAGGACAUCAAGUCCACAUCUUCACCACCAGCAGCAGUUCAUCAAACUCCACCACCAACCCAAACAUCACCACCACCAUGAAAUUCCACUUCACUCCACCUUCACCAGGUGGCUACCUAAACCAAGCUCUAGCUUGGCAGCAGUUCCAGGCUGAAAACUCCUCUGAUAAACCUUUCGACGUUAUCCACACCGAAAGCGUUGGGCUUUUCCAUGGCCGUGCUCGUAACAUCAGCCACCUCGCUGUUUCAUGGCAUGGGAUCGCAUACGAGACCAUUCACUCUGACAUUGUUCAGGACCUCCUACGUGGUCCUAAUGAGACCCGUCAAUCAGUCCUUGCUGAAAGACUUGCCAAAGUGAUUGAAGAAGUGAAGUUCUUCAAUAGAUAUUCGCACCAUGUGGCUACCAGUGAUCAUGUUGGUGAUGUUCUCAAGAGGAUCUACAUGAUCCCUGAAGAGAGAGUUCAUAUUAUAGUCAACGGUGUGGAUGAAACUAUUUACAAACCAGAUUCAACAAGAGGCAAGGAUUUCCGAAGGGAAGCAGGGGUGCCUGACAAUGCAACUCUAGUCAUAGGAAUGGCUGGGAGGUUAGUGAAGGAUAAAGGGCAUCCUCUGAUGUUUGAAGCCCUGAAACAGUUGUACAUUGAGGAUGACAACUUCAAGCGAGAUGUUUUUGUGCUAGUUGCUGGAGAUGGACCAUGGGGAAGUAGGUACAAAGACCUGGGUCCAAAUCUUCUUGUACUGGGUCCUCUAGAGCAAACACAACUGGCAAAAUUUUACAACUCACUUGAUGUUUUUAUAAACCCAACACUAAGAGCUCAAGGCCUUGAUCACACGUUCAUAGAAGCAAUGCUUUCUGGGAUAUCAGUCAUGGGAACAAGGUUCGCCAGCAUCACUGGAUCUCUGAUUGUGGAUUCAGAUAUAGGAUACACGUUCUUACCAACUGUGGAUUCUCUGAAGAAGUCAUUGCGCAUGAUAUUCAGAGACGGGAGAGAGGUCCUGAGCAAGAGAGGCAUGGUUGCUAGAAAUAGAGCAGUCCAACUUUUUACCGCCACAAAGAUGGCAACUGCCUACGAGAGGCUCUUUCUGUGCAUCUCUAAACCCACUAAUGGGAAGAAUGACAAGUAUGAUUACUGUAAAUACCCUCUUCCAUGGGAUUAGAUUAGAUUAUACGAUGCAAUAAUCAGUGUGCAUAUGCCAUUUUAGUUGAAGAGCUAAGUGCGCAUUUGAGUUGAUUUAAUGCUGUGUGACUCUGCCCACUAAACCUUAAUGGAUAACAUUUAUAGCAAAGUGGAAGUGCCAUUACUUGGGGAUAGACUGUAUUAUAUAUAUGACUCAUCAG